AAGUUUACAGUCUUAAGUUUUGCGAUGUUUAUGUCGAUACAAGGCCACUUUUAUACUCUAGUGUUUGAAAAAAUCCGUUAUCUUUUUUCAUUGGGUAUUUUGCUUUAGGUACCUAUAGGUACAUUUUACAGAUAUGCUACUUACAAAUACAAUUAUUGAAUCCAUUAAAUUGGCAAAAAAACGAUACCUAGCAUUUAGUUUGAAGUUUCUUUGUUAUCAUUAUUGCGUUGUUUUGGGCCCCUGUAGGGUUAUCGUGAUGUUUUGUUAUUAUAAGUUGGUAGGUAUUUAAAUUUGUUGGUUUUUGCUUCGUUGACACGAUGGAUGAAUUUUGCGGUUCGAGUUUUUGGGAUUCAAGAACUGUUUGGGAUACAGAUGAUCCUGAUUUGACAUUGUGUUUCGAAAAAACUAUUCUUGUCUGGGUUCCUUGUACAUUUCUUUGGAUUCUUUCGCCGUUAGAAAUCUACCAUAUUUGUCGUUCAAAAACAUCUGAUAUACCUUUUAGUUUAUAUAACAUCGCAAAAUUGAUUGCAAUAAUAAUUUCGGCUGCUGUUACUCUUACAGAUAUUGCACACUACGUGAUUUUCAAUUUAUCUCCUUCUUCAGUUGAUUUUUAUUCUCCUUUGGUGAAGUUUGUUACUUUGAUACUGUUUCUUGGAUUAACGUAUGCCAAUGUGAAAUUUGGUAGAAGAUCGUCUGCUGUAUUAUUUCUCUUCUCGUUGCUGUUAGCCUUAUUUGGAGCCCCUCAGUGUCGGACUGAAUUUCGACAAAAAUGGUUCAUGGAAGGAAAACUCGAAACAAUGGAAUUUGUUUCCUACGUAAUUUAUUACAUUUCCAUUGUGGUAGUGUUUGUUUUGAAUUGUUUUGCUGACUCACGCCCACGAAUCCUACCUCGUCCGUUUGAUAAGAAUGAAUGUCCAAGAAGCCAGUCUUCAUUCUUGUCUCAAAUUCUAUUCGCAUGGUUUGAGCCACUGGUUUGGAAAGGGUACAGAAAAUCGUUGGAGGAUGAAGAUCUGUGGAAUUUAGAUCCUUCAAUUUCAACAGCAUACGUCGUACCAAAAUUUGAAAAACAGUGGAAGAAAUCUUUAGGAAAAGUCAAAAAAAAUGCUGAUUUCAGUAUAAAAGUUAAACGUGAAAGUGGCCGAUAUAGUUUCGAUGGGCUCCAAUAUGAAAUCAAAAAUAAAGACGCGUCAGUUGUACCUGCGUUAUGCCGAACGUUUGGUUGUACUUUUAUAAAAGGGACUUUGUUGAAAAUUUUCCUCGACGUUUUCGUCUUCGUUAAUCCCCAGAUAUUGAGUUUAUUGAUCGAUUUCGUGGGCAGCGAAGAACCCAUGUGGAAAGGAUACCUAUACGUAGCAUCACUUUUUUUAGCAGCUGUAAUUCAAACCCUGUUAUCUGCACAAUAUCAAGAUAUAAUGUACACGAUUGGAAUUAAAAUACGAACUUGUUUAAUUUCAGUUAUUUAUAAAAAGGCAUUACGCAUAUCAAAUGGCGCUCGAAGAGAUUUCACUACUGGCGAAAUAGUGAACUUGAUAUCGGUAGAUGCCAGUCGAUUUGUCGAACUAUUAUCAUACUCGUAUUUAUUAAUUUCGACUCCAUUACAAAUGGUGCUGUCGUUGUAUUUUUUAUGGCAAAUUUUGGGUCCCAGUGUGUUGGCGAGUUUUGUCGUCAUGAUUAUUUCAAUCGGUAUCAACAGCUAUAUAGGUUCUCAGAUAAAGACAUUGCAAUUUGAGCAAAUGAAGAAAAAAGAUAGCAGAAUUAAAUUAAUGAAUCAAAUACUCAUUGGAAUCAAAGUGUUGAAGUUGUACGCAUGGGAACCCAGUUUUGAAAAACAAGUCUUAUCAAUUCGAAAUGAUGAAAAUAUGAAGAUAUUGAAGAAACAAGCAUACUUGACUGGCAUAUCAACGUUUACUUGGGCUACCACUUCUUUUUUGGUAUAUGUUGUCACUUUCGCUGUAUAUGUAUUAUCGGACGAAAAAAAUGUACUUAAUGCCAAAAUUGUUUUCGUAUCUUUGGCAUUGUUUAGUAUUUUGAAAAUACCAUUUUUCUCUGUAUCGCCAAUGAUAUCGAAUUUGGUGCAGAGCAGUGUUUCGAUCAAACGAAUCAAUAAAUUUUUAAAUUGCGAAGAUUUAAACUCCAAUGAUGUUACACACGAUGACAGAUCUGAAGUCCUGGUUAUCGAACAUGGGACGUUUUCAUGGGCAGGAAGUGAAGCAAUUCCUACUUUACGUGACAUCAAUCUGAAAAUCGAUCAAGGAGCUUUGGUAGCUGUCGUCGGACUAGUAGGUUCUGGUAAAAGUUCAUUACUUUCUGCGUUUCUUGGUGAAAUGUAUAAACUAUGCGGUGCUGUAAAUACCAAAGGUACUGUAGCAUAUGUUCCACAAGAAGCUUGGAUCCUGAAUACCACCGUAAAAGAUAACAUUACUUUCGGCGAAGCUGUCAAAGGCAGAUAUUAUGACAGGGUUCUGGAAGCUUGUGCUUUGAAACCAGAUUUGGAAACAUUUCCUGGCGGUGAUUUGACAGAAAUUGGAGUCAAGGGGAUAAAUUUGAGCGGUGGUCAGAAGCAAAGACUCAGUUUGGCCAGAGCGGUGUAUUAUGGAGCUGACGUGUAUCUUUUAGAUGAUCCUUUGAGUGCAGUAGAUUCGCAAGUUGGUAAACAUGUAUUCGAACGAGUGAUUGGUCCGAAUGGAUUACUGAAAAAUAAAACUCGUGUCUUGGUAACUCACAGCGUCACACAUUUGUCCAAAGUUGACUUCAUCGUCGUGAUUAAGGAUGGCACUAUUUCAGAAAGUGGCACGUUCCAGGAAUUACUCGACAGUAAAGGGGACUUCUCCGAAUUCUUGAUUACUUAUUUAGAAGAAAAUUUGGAAUCUGAUGUAGAAGAGUUGGGUGAACUGAAAGAUAUUCUGGCCGAGAAAAAAGUAACCUAUGAUAAAUACGUUAGGCAGAUGUCGGUUAACUGUGAGGCUGAUAUUGCAGAGUUUGAAAUGAGACGAAAAUCAGCCCGGUCAGUGAACUCGAAGACUGGUGGGUCGUUUAGAAAACGUUCAACUAAGCAGGGGAAGGAGAUCUCUGCUGUUGGACAAAAGUUGAUCGAAGUCGAGCUCGCUGAAACGGGAAAUUCGAGUCGAGAUGUUUACGCUUAUUACAUACGUGCCACCGGAUACCUCAUGACUUUUGGGAUAAUAUUUUCAAACUGUUUUCUUCAAGUGUUAUCUUUCGCUUCGAGUAUGUGGCUGACAAAAUGGACCGAUGAUGCAAAUGUUACUACUUCAGAAGGCACUCAAAAUAUUAGUAAAACGGAUUUUUAUCUUUGGGUUUAUGUUUCGUUAGGAUUUAGUAAAAGUGUUACAGAGUUUAUGGCAGAUAUCGCUAUUCGAGUGGGGUGUUGUAUUAGUGCCAAAGUCUUACAUAAUUUAUUGCUGCACAAUCUUUUUCGAUUGCCACUUUCAUUCAUGGAUGUGACACCAGGUGGUCGUAUUUUAUCCAGGUUUUCCAGCGAUAUCGAUCUGGUAGAUGGUUCUUUUCCUGAUCUACUUGCUGGAGUGUAUUUCUGCAUUGGCGACGUAAUAUGCAACCUAUUCAUCGUCAGCUGCUGUACCCCGAUUUUUGUUACCGUUAUUUUACCUAUUACUGUACUUUAUUGUCUUGCUCAAAGAUUUUAUGUGGCUACGUCGAGACAACUGAAACGAUUAGAGUCGAUAUCACGAUCUCCUAUGUAUUCGCAUUUUGUUGAAACCUUCGUUGGUGCACAGUUGAUCCGAGCUUAUGGUCUCACAGAAAAAUUCAUCAAGCAGUCGGAAGAAAAAUUGGACCAUAAUCAUAGGAGUUAUUACCUUAAUCUUAUUUCAAAUAGAUGGCUUUCGGUUCGUUCAGAGACUAUUAGCAAUCUGGUUAUAUUUUUCGCCGCUUUGUUUUCUGUAUUAGAAAGAGAUUCUAUUAGUCCCGGAAUUGUUGGUUUAUCCGUAGGAUACACUUUUCAAAUUACUGUGACACUGAGUUGGUCAAUAUUCAAAAUUUCGAAUACAGAGACGAGCAUUGUUUCUGUCGAAAGGAUCAAAGAAUAUAGUGAAAAACCACAAGAAGCCGCUUGGAAAGUCCCCUACGAAUCAAUACCAAAAAGCUGGCCUUCAAAGGGAGAAAUAGAUUUUCAAGAUUUCAAAGUCAGAUACCGAGAAGGUUUGGAAUUAGCCUUGAAAGGUAUUACUUUCUCCGUACAGGAUGGUCAAAAGGUUGGUAUCGUUGGUAGAACCGGUGCUGGUAAAUCAUCGUUGACCUUGAGUUUAUUCAGAAUCCUAGAAUCUGCCGGUGGUAGGAUUUUGAUCGAUGGGAUCGAUAUUGCUACUCUCGGAUUACAUACUCUUCGUUCUAGGCUUACGGUCAUUCCGCAGGAACCAAUUCUAUUCGCUGGCUCAUUACGAAUGAAUUUGGAUCCUUUUGGUGAUCAUUCCGAUAGCGAGAUAUGGCGUGCGUUGGAGUUGGCUCAUCUAAAGUCGUAUAUUUUAAGUUUGGACGAUGCACUCAGAUACGAAAUCGCCGAAGGAGGUGAAAAUUUCAGCGUUGGCCAGAGACAGCUAAUUUGUUUGGCGAGAGCUUUAUUGCGUAAAACGAAGAUUUUAAUUUUGGAUGAAGCAACAGCUGCUGUUGAUUUAGAGACUGAUGAUUUGAUUCAAAACACAAUUCGAAACGAAUUCAUGGACUGUACUGUGCUGACUAUUGCUCAUCGAUUGAAUACCAUCAUGGAUUAUGAUAAAAUCAUUGUACUUGAUAGAGGAUAUUUGGUGGAAUUUGAUUCUCCGCAAGUUUUGUUGAAAAAGAAAUCCUCCAUAUUUUAUGCAAUGGCUGUUGAUGCUGGUUUAGUAUGAAAAUUUGAAGUUGUGCGUUGAUGUUCGCCUAUCACUUUGGUUGAAAUGGACAACAAUGUUCUUCCAUCAGAUUCAUUCGAUCCGACGAAGUGACGAAUAUUGGUGUAUGUACUUCGUGGUAUAUUUUGAUAUGCAAAAACAGUCAGCAAAAAGGAGGCAGUGUUGAAAGAUAUUCUCAGAUAUCUAUUUGAAAGUUCGAAGUUCAGUUUUUUAAUUGUAUUCUCGUUUACUUUAUCUACCUCAUUUUCGUGAUUGAUCUGUCAGAUUUUUAUCUUUCAAAAUUGUGCUGAUUCGGUAAUAAAAAAUGAUUUUUUCCCCCCCUUUUCAUUUAAUAAUUCUCUAUAAAGGGUUUAUCCACCUUCAAAUCGGUACAGGAAUUCCAAGGCGAAGAUAUGAUAGUUUUUGUGGGAUUUGUGUAUAAAAACGUCAUGCUUCAUGCUGGUGGUGUUUUUCAAAAAAUAUUUCAUCUAUACUUACUCUAGGAAAUUUCUAUUAGGUAGAUCGAUUAGUUGGAAAUUUAAUGAAAUUCUUUGUAAAUUUUGAAAUGUCUA